ACAGUGUUUUAAGAUGGUGUCUUUUUCUGAAUGUUAGGACUUAUAUACAGCAGGAGCUGAAGGUCAAGACUCUAGACCAACUCUGGAUGACAUGAUGCAUCCAAACUUCACAACGGAUCGAACACUCAGAUCAGACCUACAGUCAGAAGAGGAUAUCUAUACAGCUGGAGAUGAAAGGCCACAACCUUCAGCACCACUGGAUAUCGCCAAAUUUAUAAUCAAAGUGGACUGGAGCGAACCAUUUCCAGACAGAUGGAGAGCAACAUUACAGAAAGCCCUUCAGAGCUGUUUGCUCAGACUGGAAGGAAAACCAUCUGUCCACCGCCUUAAACUCAUGGAUGAUCAGUCCUGUGCAGAGGUGCAGAUAACUCCAUCAACAGCUCUAGAAGUGUUAAAAAAGCACACACCCAUAUCUUUGAAGUUUAAAGAUAAGGAAGGUCAAUUUAAGGAAGUGGCUGCACGGAUUUGUCUGGAUGAAGCACUUUCUGUGACUGUUCCAGGAAAGUCCAUGCUGAAGGAGAACAGAGCUCCGUCAACAAAGGUGAUCGGCUCUGUGCAUAAUGUUGAGGAUGUUGCUGCAUCUAAUAGAGCUCCAAAUAAAGCUGAGACCACUAACACUGAUGAAAUGACCCCUGAGACUCCAGCUGGAUUCACUCUUCCUCUCUAUCAGUUCUGGUACAUGCAUCACACUUACAGAAAGGAGUUAGAACAAUUUGAGAAACAGCAUGGAGUCUCUAUUUGUGCAGAAGUGUCCGUCUCAAUCAAACAUAUCCAGAGAUCAAGCCCUGAUUCUGUGUCUAAAACCACUGCAGACUUUCAGACUCUUGUUCAGAGAUGUACGGGUAGUUUUAGUGAUGCUGCCAUUAAUCACAAUGACAUGGAUUCAGAUAUUGUGAAGCAGGCCCUUCGUCACAUCCAGUCCGAGGAGUCAAAGAUGAUGUUCACCAUGUCUGCCAGUAACUGCCUGUUCUUUGGACCGAAGAAAUUUACAGAUGCAAUUAAAAGAGAGGUAGAAGUAACAAGACUGGAAAGCCAAUUCAAUAACUCUAGACCAACUCAGAAUGACACGAAGCAUCAAAACUUCACAAUGGAUCGGCUAUACUUACAGCCAGAAGAGGUCAUUGGUGCAGCCAGUGUUGAAAGUCCACAAACUUCAGCACUACUGGAUACUGCUAAAUUCAUAAUCAAAGUGGACUGGAGAGAACCGUUUCCAGACAGAUGGAGAGCAACAUUACAGAAAGCCCUUCAGGUCUGGUUGUCCAAAAUGGAAGGAAAAGCAUCUGUCCACAGUCUUGAACUCAUGCAUGAUCAGUCCUGUGCAGAGGUGGAGAUAACACCAUCAACAGCUCUAGAAGUGUUAAAAAAGCACACACCCAUAUCUUUGAGGUUUAAAGAUAAGCAAGUGACGGCACGGAUUUGUCCUUAUGAAGCACGUUCUGUGACUGUUCCACGAAAGUCCAUGCUGAAGAAGAACAGAGCUCCAUCAACAAAGGUGAUCGGCUUUGUGUCUGUGACUGCAGCAUCAGAAGACCCAAAUAAUGUUGAGGAUGUUGCUGCAUCUAAUAGAGCUCCAAAUGAAGCUGAGGCCACUAACACUGCUGGACUUACACAUGAGACACCAGCUGUAUUCCCUCUCCCUCUCUCUCUGUCCUGGUACAUGCAACACACUUAUGGAAAGGAGCUGAAGCAAAUUGAGAAACAGUAUGGAGUCAAAAUUUAUGCAGAAGUGUCCAUCUCAAUCAAUCCCACUGAGAUCUCAAGGUCUGAUUCUGUGUCUAAAGCCUCUGAUGCCUUUCAGACUCUUGUUCAGAGAUGUACGGAUAGUUUUAGUGAUGCUGCCAUUGAUCAUAAUCACAUGGAUUCAGAUAGUGUGAAGCAGGUCCUUCGUCACAUCCAGUCAGAGGAGACAAGGAUGAUGUUCACCAUGUCUGCCAAUAACUGCCUGUUCUUUGGACCGAAGAAAUUUACAGAUUUAAUUAAAAGAGGAGUAGAAAAAACAAGACUGCAAAGCCAAUUCACUGACAAAUCAAGUCAAGUGAAUGUAGACAACAACUUUUCUCCACAAAUCAGGGCUUCAUUGGACAUGGACAUAAAGGAUCUUCCAACUCAACUUGAGAUGGACAAGGUUUAUUGGGAUCUGAUGAAACUUUCCUAUGAGAAUCAAUUAUCACAGCUUGAAACAAAGUAUGGAGUGACAUUUAAUGCAGAAAAACAGCAGAAAAAUGUAACCAUUAAAGUUCAAGCUCGAUCCAAUGGAGUUCAACGUAUUAAUCUUGAAAGUCAUGCCAUCAGAGCUUUAACACAUCUCUACCAGAAACUCGCAUCAGCCGCUGUCACCUGUGAACUCAAAAACCCUAAAGAUGCAGCUGUUGUGGCAUCAGCAGUAGAGAAACUUCAGCAGGAGCAUCAUUGUGUUGUUGCAGCAGAUGUAUUGAGUCGCUGGAGACUCGUUGGACUGCCAGAGCACCUCGGUCCUGCCAUUGCUGAUGAAGAAAUCGAUCGGUUACUCAGGGGACAUUCCUCACGCAAGAGGAAUCAAAUGGAAUCAGGUGAAAUAAAAGAUCUCAGGAGGUGAAAAAUGAACAACAAAGAAAAUCUCAGAUCAUUUUAGAUAUGUGCUAAACUUUUAGUCAUUGAGUUAUUAGUAUGAUCUAUGACUUCUGAUCGUUGAUUUACAUAUUUCUGUGAACUGUGUGUUCAUUCUUGAUUUGAGUUUAGAACAGAGAUCUCCACUGUGCCUCAUCAAGAAUAGAUGAUAUUCCUGUAAUGUUAAAAGGCUGAAAAAAACUAUGUGAUUAAUGCAGCACAAAUAAUCAAGUUAUACAGGGUUUUUAAAAAAAAUAUUUUCUACUCUUCGUUCUUCAUGCUCAUCGUCGGAAGACACUUAGUUUAUGGAAAGGUAACAAAAGUGUUGCAUUUAUUCUGUUAUUCUGUCAACCAUUUUUAGCUUUAAAAAAUUACAAUAAAUGUCAAAAAUGGAAAUGUUCUUGUAACCAAAGGGUUUUUGAUGUAAUAAAUCAAUCUGUUAGAGCUUA